ACCUCCCUCAACGUUCCCCGCCCGCCCGGAACCCGGAAGUUCGACGGAGAGAGGGAGCUGCGGGCGGAGUGGCCGGGAGGAGAUACAGCCUCCGGGGGAAAUCUGCUGUAACCGCCGCUUCGCUCGGGUACGGUCGUAACUGAGACGGGACAUUGAACACCGAGCCAGGGAGGCAUGCUGAAGCCAGGCUUUGGGCAGAAUGAGUUUAAAAGAUGCUGGCAGUGCAGCUUGCCAGGAGAAAGGAGUCUAUCAUCUUCUCAUUUACCCUCAGCUGUCGACAGAAAGCGCUGCCUGCUGCCGAGUCACAGCCACUAAAGAUACCACCACGUCAGAUGUUAUCAAGAAUGUGAUCGCUAAUCUGAAUUUGGAUGUCACCAAGUGUUAUGUGCUAGUGGAGGUGAAAGAGUCGGGAGGCGAGGAAUGGGUAUUAGAUGCAAACGAUCCACCUGUACACAGAGUACUGUUGUGGCCCCGGCGGGCUCAGGAUGAACAUCCCCAAAGGGAUGGGUACUAUUUUCUUUUACAGGAGAGGAACAAAGAUGGGACCAUAAAAUAUGUUCACAUGCAGCUGUUCUCUGAGGCAAAGGAAGCGCGGCGUUUGGUGGAGAGAGGCUUUCUUCCUUGGCAGCAGGAAGACUUUGAUGAUCUUUGUAAUCUUCCUAAUUUAACAGAGACAAAUCUUUUGAAAAAUCUCAAGCACCGUUUUCUACAACACAAGAUAUAUACUUACGCAGGUAGCAUUCUCGUUGCAAUUAACCCCUUUAAAUUUCUUCCCAUCUACAACCCCAAGUAUGUCAAGAUGUAUGAGAAUCAGCAGCUUGGAAAGCUGGAGCCACAUAUCUUUGCCAUUGCCGACGUGGCCUACUUCACCAUGCUCAAAAAGCAUAUCAACCAGUGCAUAGUUAUUUCAGGCGAGAGCGGGUCUGGAAAAACGCAAAGUACAAACUUUUUAAUUCACUGUCUCACUGCACUGAGUCAGAAAGGGUACGCAAGUGGAGUGGAGAGAAUCAUUCUGGGUGCCGGACUGGUAUUGGAGGCAUUUGGAAAUGCCAAAACAGCCCAUAACAACAAUUCGAGCCGCUUUGGAAAAUUCAUUCAGGUCAACUAUUUGGAGAGUGGCAUUGUCCGCGGGGCUGUUGUUGAAAAGUACCUGCUUGAAAAAUCUCGCUUGGUCUCUCAAGAGAAAGAUGAAAGGAAUUACCAUGUGUUUUAUUACUUGUUGCUUGGAGUUACUGAGGAAGAGCGCCAAGAAUUUCAACUUAAGCAACCUGAAGAUUACUUCUACCUCAACCAGCAUAACUUGAAGAUUGAAGAUGGAGAAGAUCUGAGACAUGACUUUGAAAGGCUAAAACAAGCCAUGGAAAUGGUUGGAUUUCUUCCAGCAACAAAGAAACAGAUUUUUUCAGUUCUCUCAGCUAUUCUGUAUUUGGGCAAUGUCACUUACAAAAAGAGAGCUACUGGUCGGGAUGAAGGUUUGGAAGUUGGACCCCCGGAAGUGCUGGACACACUCUCACAACUUCUGAAGGUCAAGCGAGAGAUUUUAGUGGAAGUUCUGACCAAAAGAAAAACUGUGACUGCCAAUGACAAACUUAUUCUUCCAUAUAGUCUCAGUGAGGCAAAAACAGCUCGUGACUCAAUGGCAAAAUCAUUGUACAGUGCUUUGUUUGAUUGGAUCGUUCUACGUAUUAAUCAUGCUCUUCUUAAUAAAAAGGAUAUGGAAGAAUCUGUUACAUGCCUAUCUAUUGGAGUACUGGAUAUAUUUGGAUUUGAAGAUUUUGAAACCAAUAGUUUUGAGCAGUUCUGUAUAAAUUAUGCAAACGAGCAACUUCAGUAUUAUUUCAACCAACACAUCUUCAAACUGGAACAGGAAGAAUAUCAGAGUGAAGGGAUCACUUGGCACAAUAUUGAUUAUACGGAUAAUGUAGGUUGCAUUCAUUUAAUCAGCAAGAAGCCCACAGGUCUUUUCUAUCUGCUGGACGAAGAAAGCAACUUUCCCCAUGCCACCAGCCAGACUCUGCUGGCAAAGUUCAAACAACAACACGAGGAGAAUAAAUUCUUUGUUGGCACCCCAGUAAUGGAGCCUGCGUUUAUUAUUCAGCAUUUUGCCGGAAAAGUUAAAUACCAGAUAAAGGACUUCCGAGAGAAAAACAUGGAUUACAUGAGACCUGACAUUGUGGCUUUGCUGAGAAGUAGUGACAGUUACUACAUUCGGGAAUUAAUUGGGAUGGAUCCGGUGGCUGUGUUUCGCUGGGCUAUUCUGAGGGCAGCCAUUCGAGCAAUGGCAGUUUUCCGGGAGGCAGGACGUCUCAGAGCUGAGAGAACUGAGAAAACUGCAGGUAUGGUACCUCUUGGACUCAGAACUCCUGUGGGAGAUCUACAAAGAGCAAACACUCCGACAGAAAAAGUUUAUCGCCACUCAGUGCUUGAUUUCUCAUUUGAUUGCUCUGAGGAUUUCGAUAUUAACGCUUUUGAGGACAUCAUUGCUUUUUAUGAAAGCAAAAAGGACUUGCAUGAUCAAAUCAUCAAGGCUUUAAAAGGACUCCCCUGGCAGGGUGACGACGCUCGUAAGCUUCUUCAAUCACGCAAACGGCUUCAGCAACCUCGGGCCAGCUUCCUGAAAAGUAAAGGUAUCAAACAAAAGCAGAUCAUUCCAAAGAAUUUGUUGGACUCCAAGUCUUUGAAGCUUAUUGUCAGUAUGACGCUCCAUGACCGCACAACCAAGUCUCUGUUACACUUGCACAAAAAGAAGAAGCCUCCCAGUAUCAGUGCUCAGUUUCAAGCAUCCCUCAACAAACUCCUGGAGACCUUGGGAAAAGCUGAGCCAUUCUUCAUCCGCUGUAUCCGUGCCAAUGCAGAGAAGAAAGAACUAUGUUUUGAUGAAGAACUGGUUCUGCAGCAGUUGAGAUACACCGGCAUGUUGGAAACCGUACGAAUCCGAAGGUCGGGUUACAGUGCCAAAUAUACGUUUCAGGAUUUCAUGGAUCAGUUCCAAGUGUUAUUACCCAAGGAUGCCAGACCUUCUAAGGAGACCAUCUCGGCUCUACUGGAGAAAAUGGACAUUGACAAGAAAAACUACCAGAUAGGAAAAACAAAGGUGUUCAUGAAGGAGACCGAACGGCAAAAACUGCAGGAAACACUUCACAAAGAAGUGAUUCGGAAAAUCAUUCUUCUCCAGAGCUGGGUCCGGGUGGUUUUGGAAAGAAGACACUUCCUCCAGGUGAAGCAGGCCGCCAUUACCAUUCAGGCAUGCUGGCGUUCUUACCAGGUUAGGAGGGCCCUGGAGAGAGUCAACGCUGCCGUUUAUAUUCAGUCCUUUUGGAAAGGAUACAGACAGCGGAGAGCCUACCAACAUGAGAGAAGGAGAAUUGUUUUUCUACAGAAUCUCUUCAGGGGGUUCCUGCAGCGAAAAAGCUUUCGCCAGAUGGUCUUGGAGAAACGGAAAGCCGAGGAGAAAAAAUGGGAAAUGCAGCAAAUUCAGAACAGAGACGACGCAGAAAUUGUGUCGGGCCAGGCUGAGACUGGGGAGCAGAUGUCUGAACAGAUGACUGUCAGAUCUGAAGUCAAGUUAGAUCUUGUUUCUGAACUUGAAAAUCAGCUGAGUGACAUUUCAAUAGCAGGAGGAGAUGCGAAACAAACUGCAGAAACCGGAAAAGGCAGCCAGGAUAAUGAGAUGGCCCCCUCUUUCCAGAAGAGUGUAGUUGAAAGUCACGAGAAAGUUGCAAGCAGCCGGGAAAAGCGUGAAACCCGGCGUCAGAGGGGGCUUGAACAUGUAAAAUUUCAGAACAAGCACAUACAGUCAUAUAAGGAAGAAAGCAGUAUUAGUGAGGCUCCAGCAAAGACAGUUCAGGAACAGGAUGAAUGCAUCCAAGAACAGGAUAUUUCACAAGAUAGAAUCCAUUCAGAGAUAAAGGUUUCACAUGAAAUAGUAGCCCUUGAUGAUCUAUCCAAAGAGAAACCUGAAGAACUAAAGGAGGAAGUGUCAGAUAACAAAGUUUUGGAUGCCGUGAAAGUGGAAGAGUACCAGAAGGAACAGCAGAAAGGAAGCGAAAGCUCCAGUAAUCUCGAAAGACCAUCGAGCCUCCCCUUGAGUGGUGAAAUUAAUCUUCCCUGUGCCAAAGGUCCCCCUGAGCAUCACGAAGGUAAAAACAAACCAAGCGCUGGCCAGAAAGCCAACGAAGACCAGGACAGUCGGACCGCUACCCAAAUCCAAAGAUACCGAGAAACCGAUUCGGACAAAUUGGUCAAUGUGCUAGAGGUGUGGAGAGGAAAGAAGUGGGCUGCUGGCCAAAAUACAGUACUGAGCCAGUCCCUGGAAGAACAAAUCAGUGAGAAAUUCAGGACUGCCAGUUCUCCUCAGAGAUCAGUAGAGGAGACGGGGACUCCUUCGACAGUAAGUGAAGUCUGUAAAAUAGUUCCUUCCUCCACCAAGAGUCAGCCUGCUGCAGACGUAAUAGACAUGGAGAAAAGCACCAAGAAGCAGGUCAUACAGAAGAAGAAGUCCAACGAGCAGUCAGCUCAGGUGGAUGGUGGUCCCGCGGGACUCUCUCCUGGCCAGCAGGCUGAAACCAAAUCCACCUUUAAAAGGCUUUUCCUGCCCAAAAAGCAGGAUAAGAAAAACACUUCAGAGGUAAUGGAGGAAGGAGAAAACUUCACGCCUACUGCACAUGUAGCAGUGGAUGUUGUAGUGGUGAAGAAGGUGGCAGAAGCUCCACCUGGACCUCAAAAUCGCCCUCAAUCAGGGGAGCGAGAGCGUCAUGCAAAAGAACCAGGUAGUAAAGCAAAGAAGAACCGUAACAUUAAGAUUGGGAAAAUUACAACAGUGUCUGAGAAGUGGAGAGACUCUGUGUUCCGGAAAAUUACCAAUGCCAAUGAGCUGAAGUAUCUUGAUGAGUUCCUUUUGAAUAAGAUAAACGAUCUGUGCUCUCAGAAGACGCCCAUUGAAAUUUUAUUUAAUGAAGCCACGGAAAAAUUCAGGAGCAAUAUCAAAUCAAUGUACUCUGUCCCGAAUGGGAAAAUUCAUGUUGGCUAUAAAGACCUGAUGGAAAACUACCAGAUUGUGGUGACGAACCUGGCUUUGGAGAAAGGAGAAAAGGACACAAACUUGGUUCUGAAUAUUUUCCAGUCCCUUCUUGAUGAGUUCAGCAGAGGAUACAUAAAGAGAGAUGAUUCUGAACCACCAAAGCAAAGCAAGGCUCAGAAGAAAAAGAGAAAACAAGACCGCGCAAUCCAGGAACACAAUGGGCAUGUGUUCACAAGUUACCAGGUGAGCAUCCCGCAGUCCUGCGAGCACUGCCUUUCUUUCAUCUGGCCCAUGGACAAAGCUCUCCUUUGCAAUGUUUGCAAGAUGGCCUGCCAUAAGAAAUGCGUUUCCAAAAUUCAGAGCUUUUGUGCAUCUUCUUGUGGAAAGAAGAGUGAGCCUGGUGCCGAGCUCCGACACUUUGGAGUAUGUGUGAGCUCCCUGACGAGUGACAAGGUUUCAGUCCCUGUGGUUCUAGAGAAGCUUCUGGAGCACGUGGAAAUGCACGGUUUAUACACGGAAGGGAUCUAUCGCAAGUCAGGGGCAGCCAACCGAAUGAGGGAACUCAAGCAGUCCCUCCAGUCAGAUCCCAAUUCGGUCAAGCUGGAGAAUUAUCCCAUUCAUGCCAUCACAGGGGUUUUGAAGCUGUGGCUGCGAGAGUUGCCAGAGCCCCUCAUGACAUUUUCUCAGUAUAACGACUUUCUCAAGGCAGUGGAAUUGCCCGCAAAGCAGGAGCAGCUCACGGCUAUAUACACUGUACUCGAUCAGCUUCCCGAGGCCAAUCACUUAAGCCUGGAGCGGCUUAUCUUUCACCUUGUCAAAGUGGCCGAAAUCGAAGAGGUGAAUAGGAUGUCUCCCAGCGCUUUGGCCAUCGUCUUUGCACCCUGUCUCUUGCGCUGCCCUGAUAAUUCUGAUCCCCUGACCAGCAUGAAGGAUGUCCUAAAGACAACUACGUGUGUGGAGAUGAUAAUCAAGGAGCAGUUGAGAAAGUACAAAAUAAAAAUGGAAGAAAUUAACCAACUAGAAGCAGCAGAGACCAUCGCGUUCCGCAGACUGUCAUUUCUUAAGCAGAAUACGCAGUGGCCUCUAAAACUGGGGUUUUCUUCUCCCUAUGAGGGGGUGCUGAGCAAAAGCCCCAAGAUCAAGGCAAGUGACAGCAACUUAGCCAACCUAGGGAUUCUUCAGGAGGAGCAAUUAGAUGCAGAUGAUGAUCGGGAGAAAGAGAUUCUGAUUGAACACAUUCAGUCCAUAAAGGAAGAAAAGGAAGACAUAGCCUAUCGAUUACCUGAGCUAGAUCAGCGGGGCUCUGAUGAAGAAAAUCCAGAUUCAGAGACAUCAGUCAGCACUGAGAGCCUUUUGGAUGAAAAAAGCGGGCGGGUGGACACGGAAGGGACUGCCUCACCUGGACUUCCCUGUUGUGGCAUCCCCACUAAGGAUAUUCCCGAAACAGCCAGCAGAUCCCAUCCGUUGAUUCUUCCAAGCCGCUAUCCGGAUUCUUCUUCUGUGAAAAAAAGAGCAACUUCAAUGACAGUUAGAAUGAAGAUUCCCCGGAGGACUCCGAUAAUGCCUACAUCUAACAUCAAACUCCCUUAUGGCAUGUUGACCAAUGUCCAGAGAAGAACUUCGACUGGUGAGGAGGCCGUGGCCCUCGUGAAACGAAGAGAGCAGCCUGCCCGGCGAACGGAUCCGAUCCAUUCCGUGUAUAUUGCAGCGGGGGCUGAUAGCAUCCCAGCUCAGGAGCCCUUAAACGAAUACAGCCUGGUUGCAGAGACAAAACGGAGGUACUCGGACCCUCCCGUUUACUCACUCGGCCCGCAGUGAGCAAGUCAAGAUGGAUUGAGUCGGGAUCAGAUGGCCAGGCUUUGUUGUGAUUGCGACCUGACUGAGCAUAAACCUUUGAAGAAUGCAAACUCGGGGCCCGGGGGCGGGGGGAGUGUUUGUGUGCAUGUGGAUGAGACAUCUGGGUGGAAAACAAAAUGUGGUAGGUGUCCUUCUGAAGAGAAAACACCGAGCGAAAGUCUGUCCAACUAGAUCACUGGCCUCAAUCUUUUGGAAGUUUGCUGGAUAAGGCAUUGUUUUUCACAAAUCAGUAGUCUGCUAUCAAAGAAGUACUAAAUGAAAAGUUGCAGAAUUCUUUAUAGGUAUUAAAUCUGCUUUGGUCACAAGAGAAAAUGCCCGUUCAAGUGAGUCUGCCAACUCCAAGCUAGAUUAGGUGCUGUUUCAGCUGCUGUGCCUUUCAUAUUUGCUUACAGAGAGCUAUGAUAGGACCAAAAUCAAGUUCAGAUCUCUCUGCCGUUGUCUCCUGAGUCUUCACUUUUGUAUGUUUUUAUAAUAACUCUUUCUUUGUAUGUGGUUUACAUAAUUUUUUAAUGUAACGCCUUAAUGAAAGACCAAAUUAUAUAUAUUAUAUAUAUAUAAAAACUUUUAUAUUAACAUAAUGCAUCUUCCUUUAAAUAUAUGCUUGAGUUCACAUGGUGAGAAUUGUGGCCGCUGAUUUAAUAAUAAUGGUAUUUAUUAAGUGCUUACUAGGUGCCCAAAGCAUAUUUUUUUUCCUCCAAGUUGUUGGGAAAUCCAUGACUUCAGUAACCAAACAUCAUGGAAAAUAUGUCCUUGUGAAAACAGCAGGCAGAGUAACUGAAUUUAAUCAAGAUUGACACUGAUCGAUGAACUCAACAAGCAUCAUAUAAUACUUGGUUAUGAGAGAUGCGAGAUCUUUGUCACUCUCACGGAGUCUUUUAAAGUGACAAUACCGUCUGUAACAUCACCUACUGCUUCUACUGCUAUGGUACUCUCCCGAGCGCUUAGUACAGUGCUCUGCGCUCAGUAAAUACAAUGGAUCGAUUCAUCGAUUGAAUUCACUGACGGAGAGGGUGGUGCAAGAGGAGGAUGUUAAUAGACGAUAGCUUUGAAUCUGCUUCUGGGCCCAAAGAAGAUGAAAUCAGAGGUCGGAGAUGCAUUUCUCUCUGCUCAUCAGAGAGCAUCAGAUGAGGCCUUUCUUCACUGUUGCUUCUGUUUUUCCACAUCUAUUUUUUAACGGGCAGCGAUCAAAACUGAUGAUGGUCUGACCGAUCGAAAAUGGUCUAACCGAUCGAAAGAAUAGUGGAAGGAUAACUUCCCACCUUUGCGCAUCAUUCUCCUGUUAAUUCCGUCUGGUUCCAUUGGUAGUGUAAUGUAGAAUGGCAUUAGUUGCUCGUGGACAACUCUGAGCCCCAGAUCCUUUUUAUGCUGUUAUAAUAACGAUACAAACAUUUCUCCUACAGUAUAUAGUAGUAGCAUUCCUGCCAACUUUCCCCCAAGGACUUCCAAAAAAAUAAUUCUGUUAACCACUGCUUCAGUGAGAAAUAAAGGUUCAUGGGGAAGAUAGUUCAAAAACAAUUGAAAGAGUACAUGGCUUCUUUCACACACAGUGAAAUCCAGGAAGGAUGUGGGGAACAAAAGAGCUCGUUUCAAGCAGUCUGCAUAGUCUUGCUACUUCUGUGCAGUUCUGUGCAGUGAGGCACUGGGAAUCAAUUUGCAACAGCUUAAAAUUCAUUUUCCAGUAAACAUUGGUAAUGCUGCGAUCGAUUCCCUGUGCAAUGCUAAUCGUCAGGUACAUAUCGCCACAGCAAGCUUUUGAUCCUGCUUGAAGCAAACAUUUGAAACAAUCAUUCCUUCAGAGCUGCGUCAUGCUAGAAUCAGUUCACAGCCAUAUCAUGGCACCGUUCUUCUAUUUUUCCAUUGUGUUCUUCCAAAUUUGUGUUGUAAAAAUGUCACAUUCUGGUAGGAAUGCUUGUACCUUGUAUUUGUAUGGCACUUUUUAUUCUUCUAAAAGCACUUUCACCUCAAUUAUCUCGUUUCAUCCUUACUGUGUCCUUGUGAGGUAGGGGGAGGUUGGGUAUUGUUACCCACACUUUGUAGAUGAGAAAACCAAGACCCAGAAAAGCUCAGUGAGUUGCCUGAGGUCACACAGUAUGCCAGUGUGAGGACUGGAACCCAGAUUUCACACUCAGAUCUGUACAUUUUUCAAGAGGCCUCUGAUAUCUCCUCCUAAUUGCAUUUGUGCUAGGAUUUUUGUCCCCAGUUGUAUUAACUUGUGCUUUUCCCUAUUGACUUGAAUAUUAUAAGACCAUUCUUUUCCAUUUAAGUGUACUUAGCUUGUUAUUCCCAUUUUGGAAAGUGCCAGCUACCCUGACCAAUUAUCAUCUGCACAUCUGAAGAAGGUGCCCUCAGACCCUUGGUUCAGGUCUUUAGUAUUUUAGCAACAACAACUUCAGCACAGUUUUCUUGAGGAUCAGGAGCCAACCACAUUGUUCUUGCUAGGCAGGCAUUGAUCCAAGGAGCCAGAGCUUGCCUCAAUUUCCAAUUGCUUCAGUUAAGUUUCACCAUGCCUCAUGUAUAUGUGUACUCCAGUGAAUGAGUCCCAUUGUGAAGUAAGUGAAUUUCCUGUCAUAUGCACGCAUUUAUCGGACACACUUCUGAGAGUGAAUAGUUAGAGGCAUUUUGCAUUUUGGGUUCCAUGGUGUGAAAUCUCUGCAAUGCAAAUGAGAUCAGAAGUUCUCUCGGGUUGUAGAGUUUAUCAUGAGAAGGAAAUCUUUAACCAAACAUCCUUUGAGCAGUUGGUUGUCGUUCUGUGUGUCCUGUGCCUCUUGGGUUUGAUUUGUGGCAGAGACUGUUGAACAGAAAAUCAGGUUGCAGCUAUGACCAGUGAGAACCGUCAUGACUAUUGUAAAACCUAAACCGUUUUUACUUCCAACUGAGCACAGUUUAGGAAAAUGAGGCACGAAGAGCAGAGGCGUACAUAGAAAUCAUAAGGAGAAAUGUUCCCCAUUUUUUCCUUGUUUAAUCCCAGAUGCCAUUAGAGAAAGAAUUGCUUCCCUCCGUCUGCCUCCCACCCUCUGCAAUCCCGAAGCAGUUCCCCAGGAUGCACGUCCUUCUGAAAAAGAUUGAGAGAAGCCAGCCUUCUACCCCUUUCUCCUUCUUGUACCUGUGUCAGAGUAUUCCUGCAAUGCCAAGACCUGAAAUUGAGAGCCUCUAUAUAAGAUUUCUGUGACACGCUGGAGCACUGGAGUCUGUGUGACCCACUCCCCUGAGAGGUCAUUCCCCCUACCCCCCCCCCCCCCCAACACAACUUGAUAUGUCUGCUUGUUGCCACUCUGGACACUUAGGCAGUAAGUCUGUUCCCUUCCAGCAAAUGCUGCAGCCUAUUUUUAAUAAAUUCUAAUUUGCA